CCCGAUGAACAUUUUCGACGAGUGUACUCCAGGUCACAUCUCUCAUACUGCCAUUAGUAAAUUGCUUGCGGAGAACCCUCUGUAUUACGAAACUGUUGGCCUACAGCUUGUAGACCUCGGUCCUGCCAGCUUGAAACUCAUAGACGUAUGGGAACAGUUUGGUGAUGGUAUGGGUGAACCACAUGAAUGUGCAUUCAGUUUGAACAAUGGCGGGAGGUCACUGUUCACUGUCCUGGCGGAGGAGCCUGUCCGGGCGCAUCGAUUCGAUUCUGCCAUGAAGUUCUCUAUACAAGACCAGGAUCCCGACUUCAAAGAGGUACUGACAGCGUUUGACUGGCAAUCGCUCGAUAAACCUGGGGCACGCCUGGUCGAUGUUGGGGGUAAUCAUGGCAGAGUCUCGCAAGCUAUUGCCAGGCACACAAAGCAUCUUAACUUCGUAGUACAGGAUCUUCCCCGUGUUAUAGAGCAGGGAAGAGCGUCACUUCCAUCAGAGUUUCAAGAGAGGAUCGAGUUCCAAGCGCAUGAUUUCAAGAAACCGCAAGUGUCCGAGAGCCCAUCAGAUGCAUAUCUUAUCAGUCGUUGUAUUCACAACUGGAGCGACCAUCAUGCUACGAAAAUUCUUCAAGCGCUUGUUCCUGGGCUCAAACCUGGCUCUCACGUCUUGAUUUGGGAUGCCAUAAUAGACAGUGAACCGGUCAAAAACCUGUCUGAAAAAUUUAACUUACAACAAGAUUUCCUCAUGGCGACCGUAUUCAACGGAAAAGAUAGGACCGCGGAAGAAACUGAACAGCUCUUAAAGUCUGCAGAUCCGCGUUUCAAAAUGGUCAAGGUACACAAGUCGAAGAAGUGCAACUUGGGCAUGAUUGAUGCAAUCUUUGAUAGUUCGAGGUGA